AUGUUUUGUCUUAUCCCCUUUGCUCUCGCAACGCCCUCCUUAAUUGACUUCUGUCCUUUCCUCGGACCAAUAUUUCCCGCUCCCCAAGAUUUGUCAUCUAGCCCGGUGUUUGAAGCAGCCAAGUUGGACAUAGCCCAUGCCAUCCAAGCUGCUGUGGCUGGGGAUACAUCUCUGAUUCCUUCCUUUAACCCCAACGCCACCUCGAUAGCGCUGCAGGUCUUCUCAGCCAAUGAUUUGAGUCCCUUAUUCGAGUCAUACUAUACUGCUCCCGUUAUCCGGAACGCUAGCGUCGGAGUCCGGGAGGUGGAUGAGAACACCGUUUUUCGGAUCGGUAGUGGCUCUAAGCUAUGGACCGUUCUGCUGCUGUUGAUCGAAGCUGGCGAUACCGUGUUCACUGAGCCAGUCGCCAAAUACGUACCCGAAAUCGGUGAUGCGGUGGUCAAGCUGCAUCGGAAUAGUACGCAGCGACAGGAUGCCAUUGAUUUCACACGCUGGGGAGAAGUAACGAUCGGGGAACUUGCUAGUCAGAUGGCGGGUAUCGCUAGGGAUUAUGCUUUUGGUGACCUUUACUUUGAGAUUUCAGAUCCAGAAGCCUAUGGUCUUCCUCGGCUUUUGAACAGUUCCAUCCCUCCUUGCGGGUCAAAUACUGCAUGCAACCGGACCCAGUUCUUCGAUGGUCUACUGAGAAGGCAUCCGGUUGUCGCGACCUCGUCGACUCCCAUUUAUUCCAACGCGGCAUUCCAAAUCAUCGGCUAUGUGCUAGAAGCAAUCACUAACCGCACCUACGAGUCGCUACUCACUCAGAACCUAAUCGAACCUCUGAACCUGACUCAUUCGAGUUAUACCAAGCCGGAUGACCAUUAUGGAAUCAUCCCGGACAGCCCUGCCGCGAGCCUGUGGAGCACUGAUGCGGGUGAUGAAACGCCUGCUGGAGGCCUCUAUUCGUCUCUUCAUGACAUGGUCAAUAUUGGUCGCGCGAUCCUCAACAACACCCUGCUCCCCGCGGCGUUGAGUCGGCGCUGGAUGAAGCCAGUGACCCACACCACGUCGCUAGACUUUGCAGUCGGCGCCCCCUGGGAAAUCUACUCAUUUCCCAGUUCUCGCGUCAUAGAUGUUUAUACUAAAGCCGGAGAUCUCGGGAGCUACGCGUCCAUGCUAGCUUUGUCUCCAGACCACAAUGUCGGUUUUACCAUCCUCGCCGCGGGAGAUGACACAACCUCCGUUGUCGCGUAUCUAUCCGACCUCAUUGCAUCGUCAAUUAUCCCAGCCUUGGAGGAACAGGCCAAGGCGGAAGCGGCCGAUCGUUUUGCUGGGGUUUAUUCUUCGAACCUGACCAAUUCGUCCUUGACGGUUUCUAUGGACUUCGGGCCUGGGCUCAAUGUUAAAGAAUGGGUGAGCAACUCUGUUGAUAUGCGCGAUGCAAUGAUGGCCAUUUUGGGAGCCAGUGAUGUCUCGGAUGUUAGCGUCCGAUUAUAUCCCACUGGCUUGAAAAGUCCCGGUCAGCAAUCCUUCCGCGCCGUAAUCCAAGACACCACCGCAGGGGCUUCUGGGAUUGGACCGUUCACUCGAGCAUGUGAGACAUGGGAACUGGCUGAUUCAUAUGUAUACGGCAGUGUUGGGCUGGAUGAGUUUGUGUUUGAUUUGGGCACGGACGGCAAAGCCAUAAGGAUGUCUCCCCGAGCACUACGGGAGACUCUCUCGAGAGAACGCUCUUAA